AUGCACAAUGUAACUACAACAGAAGAAUCAAUUGAGACCAAUGAAAUUGAAAAUGAAGAUAAUAGAAAAAGAAUCAAAAUGAAGAAAGAAUAUACUGAUGAAAUGAUGAGUCAAUUAUGUAAGGAUGCACACCUUGAAAUGCAUUAUUCAACCACUCUUAAAAUAGUAAAACUUUUUAGUAAAUCACACCCCCUUACAGCAAAAGAAAUUGAAAGUGAAACUAACGAGUCAAUGUUUGACAUUUUAACAGUGUUGAAUAUGCUAACUAGAGCAGGUGUUCUACAUAAGAAAGACUUAGAAUAUUGGUUGAUUGAAUAA